UGCGACGUCUACAUUUAUUUUGGGUCAUCGGAGCUUGUAGGAUACCGUGCUCCCCUUCCUGUCAUUCAUUCCUAGCGGAACCCAUGAGCAGACAAACCGCAGGUGAAGACGAGAAGCGUGCCGCUGCCGUACAGCAGCGUCUACUACGCGGUUGCAGAGAGCGCGGUGAGCGGUGCGCGGUGCACUAGGACCGCGCAGUGACCGGUCUGGGCGCAAGCAUUUGCUACCACAGAAGCGGGGCUGUGAUGGAAACCCCCCCUAUUGGAUUUUGCGAUUCUAUCCAUACAUUUCGUUCCCCCAUGUACAGCGUGGAGUGGGUUAGUGGAGAGCGCGCCAGUGCUGCGUUUAGGAUGGUUUGGGGGAGCCUCCAGAGGAUUCCUGAUGAUGGACCAUGGUUUGACUGAAAGUGGUUGUCUCUGCUCUGGGGUCUGAUCGCUUCUCUGCGGUUCUCUAUCCAUACCCGUUUGUUUUAACAUUUGUCAUUUAUUUUUAUUUUGCACUGGCUUUUUGUUUUUUUUCUUCUUCUUCUUCGUCCGUUUCUGCCAAAUCAACGUUUUUAUCUCAAGUGCGCAAAGUCACGUCUGCGUGGGAGAGUGUGUGUGUGUGCUCCGCGCACUUCUCUUCCCCCCCUCAACGGACGGACUCGAGAUCCCUGGUAUUCGGUUUGGAUUAAAAAACCCGGCGACUGGCUGGAUGGGUGACCUGGUCGAAACCAGUCUUCUGUCUCUGGCUUCCUUCUUCCCAUUUCAUGGAAACGUGUUCUCCCCGUUGACCCGGAGCUGUGAUGUGCAAAGCCUCCCCCACUGACUGACACACGGUUUCGUACCAUUUUGGAUUCGAGUUGAAGGCCGUAAGGAAGUGGGGGAAGAUGAGACCUCCCAGCCCUCUGCUCUUCCUGCUGUACGUCACACUGUCCCAGAGUCUGAAGGUGGUCUCCAAGAGGGGCUCCGUGGACGGUUGUAUGGACUGGUCGGUGGACUACCUGAAGUACCGGGUUCUGCAGGGGGAGCCGGUGCGCGUCAAGUGCGCCCUGUUCUACGGCUACAUCCGGGCCAACUACACGCAGGCGCAGAGCGUGGGCCUGAGCCUCAUGUGGUACCGCAGCUCGGGCCUGGGCCACGGGGACUUUGAGGAGCCCAUCUCCUUCGACGGCGUGCGCAUGAGCAAGGAGGAGGACGCCAUCUGGUUCCGGCCCGCCGACCUCCAGGACGUGGGGCUCUACUCCUGCGUGCUGCGGAACUCCACCUACUGCAUGAAGGUGUCCAUGUCUCUGACGGUGGCAGAGAACGACACCGAACUCUGCUACAACUCCAACAUGAGACGGACGGAGAAGGCCGAGCUCAGCAAGAGCAAAGACAUCCUAUGUCCGGACAUCGACGACUACGUGGAACCCGGCAAGGAGCCGGACAUCACCUGGUACAAGGAGUGCCGUCCGAAGCAAUGGCGCGCCAGCAUCCUGCGGAAGAGAGACACCCUGUCCAUCCAGGAGGUGAAGGAGGAUGACAUCGGGAACUAUACCUGUGAGGUCCAGUUCGGGGGCUUCAUGGUCAGGAGAACCACCGAACUCACCGUCACCGCUCCUCUAACCGACAAGCCGCCAAAGAUCCUGUUUCCCUCAGAAAACAAGAUUACCAACAUGGAGCUCCAGCUAGGAAGUGCCCUGAACCUGACGUGCCGGGCGUUCUUCGGCUACAGCGGGGACGUCAGCCCGCUCACCUACUGGAUGAAGGGGGAGAAGUUCAUCGAGGACCUGGAUGAGGAGCGGGUCCAGGAGACCGACAUCAAGGUGGUGAAGGAGCACCUGGGGGAGCAAGAGGUGGCCAUCUCCCUGACCAUCGAGUCCAUCGAGGAGGGGGACCUGGGGAACUACUCCUGCUACGUGGAGAACGGCAACGGCCGGCGCCAGGCCACGGUGCAGCUCUGCAGGCGAGCGGAGCUCAUGUACACAGUGGAGCUGGCGGGGGGUCUGGGAGCCAUCCUGCUGCUGCUCGUAUUCCUCAUCUCCCUCUACAAAUGCUACAGGAUCGAGCUCAUGCUCUUCUACCGGAGGAACUUUGGCAGCGAGGACGUGGACGGAGACAACAAGGACUACGACGCCUACCUGUCUUACACCAAGGUGGACCCCGACCAGUGGAGCCAGGAGACCCGGGAGGAGGAGCGCUUUGCCCUGGAGAUCCUGCCGGACGUCCUGGAGAAACACUACGGAUACAAGCUCUUCAUCCCCGACCGGGACCUCAUCCCCACAGGAAGUCUCUCCAAUGAGCAUUACCAGGAUGACACUCGACUGCUUGGAGCCUACAUCGAGGACGUGGCCCGCUGCGUGGACCAGAGCAAGCGGCUCAUCAUCGUCAUGACGCCCAACUAUGUGGUGCGCCGCGGCUGGAGCAUCUUCGAGCUGGAGACGCGGCUGCGCAACAUGCUGGUGACGGGCGAGAUCAAGGUGAUCCUGAUCGAGUGCGCCGAGCUGCGCGGCAUCAUGAACUACCAGGAGGUGGAGGCGCUCAAGCACACCAUCAAGACCCUCACCGUCAUCAAGUGGCACGGCCCUAAGAGCAACAAGCUCAGCUCCAAGUUCUGGAAGCAGCUGCAGUACGAGAUGCCCUUCCGCCGCACGGAGCCCAUGCUGAGCCACGAGCCCGCCCUGGACGUCAGCGAGCAGGGCCCCUUCGGCGAGCUGCAGACCGUCUCCGCCAUCUCCAUGGCCGCCGCCACCUCAACCGCCAUGGCCACCGCCCACCCAGAGCUGCGCUCGUCCUUCCACAACACCUACCACACCAGCAUGCGGCAGAAACACUACUACCGCAGCUACGAGUACGACAUCCCUCCCGGCGGCACCCUGCCCACGCUCUCCUCCCUGGGCAACCAGCACACCUACUGCAACAUCCCCCUGACGCUGCUCAACGGCCAGAGGCCCCCGGGGAAGAGCCGCGAGCACAGCCUGGAGGAGGCCCACGCCAACAACGCCAUGCUGCCGCUGCUGCCCCGCGAGACCAGCAUCUCCAGCGUCAUCUGGUAGCCAGAGAUGGAAACCGGCGGCGGCGGCGGUGGUGGUGGUGGUGGUGGUGGUGGUGGCGGUGACAGUGGUGGUAGUGGUGGUGGUGGUGGCCGUGGUGGAGCCAGGAUCACACAGGGGCACGUUGAUGCAGGGUUGAGGGGCGCCAACGGCAUGGGGCAGUGCUGGAAGAAGGUGGGGGAGUGGGGAGGGUGGAGGUGGAAGUCACGUUUUGGAAGGGUGGAAACAAAGUUGGGUCGUUUUUUCGGUAAAAACGUGGAUGACUCGCGGACAGUGAGGAAACGGGGAGAGGUUUGGAGUCGCUUGUUUUCUAUCGGACGAGGAGGAACUAUAAGCGCCCGCGGGA